UGUUCCUAUAAAGUUCGCGAACAGAAAAUUAAUCAUAUUACAGCGUCCAAAGGGUUAAGCGUCUACAGGAAGUUUAUCCCUGGCGUGUAUAAAGACGCUUCCUGUACUCCUCUUGAAAGAAACAUAUUUUGAAACAUUCAUGGCUUGACGAUACAUAAAAAUACACGAAGCAAAUAAACAACAGCCCAAGAUGAACUACGUACCAGGGACGGCAAGCCUUAUUGACGACAUCGACAAGAAGCACCUGGUGCUGCUCCGAGAUGGAAGAACACUGAUCGGUUACCUCAGAAGCAUUGAUCAGUUUGCCAAUUUAGUUUUCCAUCAGACAGUUGAGCGCAUCCACGUGGGGAAAAAAUUUGGUGAUAUCCCCAGAGGAAUAUUCAUUGUGAGAGGAGAGAAUGUGGUGCUGCUUGGAGAGAUAGACGUGGAUAAGCCCUGCGACACGGUCCUGCAGCAGGUCUCCAUCGAAGAGAUCCUGGAGGAGCAGCGGUUGCAGCAGCAAACUAAACAGGAGACGGAGAAAGUGAAAAUGCAGGCCCUGAAGGACCGAGGCCUUUCCAUCCCCAAAGCUGACAACUUAGAUGAAUACUAACACAGAUUCCACAAUCCUCUUUCUCAGUUUGUAACAGACUGUUUAGUUUUACGUUGAAUUUAAGUUCAUGAGAGCACAAGAAUGUUUUUUCUUUUUUAUGGGUACAAGGCUUCAUCAUGCUGGGCCUGUAUACUGUUGUAUACUGUAUGAAAUUCAUUUGAAUUAUUUGGAGGAAAAAGGAUGUGAUGGCUGCUCUCAGUUUUGCAGAUCCUUACAGAAAGAAAUGAAAGAAUCAUGUUUAUGUAAGUCUGUUGGCAAUUUAGCAUUUAUUUAACAGCAGCACUUUCUCAUUUGUCAGUCAUGUCUUGAGCCUUUUUAUUUGGAGAUAUGUGGGCCUGCUAUUAACAAAAACUACAUGCUAUGCUCCAUUAAAAGAGUUUAGUUUUUCAUUA